CAAUGCAACGCUAAGAUGAUAUAAAAAAAAAAAAGAAAAAAAAGAAAAAGAAAAAAAGAAAAAAGUUAUAACUUAUGCGAGAGGAAAUAUCGAUCGCGUGAAUAUCGCGGAUAGCAGCGCGUGCGAGGUGCGCCAGGAGGCGGAGCGGAUAAGGUAUGGUGAGAUACGAAGGUGCAUCGUCGUCCUGUCAUUAGAAGAGAUACGCGAGAUCUCAGUGAAAACAGUGGUGCAGAGAAAAAAAAUAGCCGGGAACGUGGAGCUAGGUAGCUAGCUAGCUCCUGCCGAUGAUCGCGCGUUCGGCUCCUCUCGAACCACGUGUUUCCUCUUACGUUCGCGAACCGACGACGACGACGACGACGACGACGACGUACGCGAGCCGUGCCACGUCCACCAAUUUUUGGAUCACGCGCAACCACCCCCCGACGGAACACCAUCUAAAGGAACACUAUGUUUUAAAACACUGACCACUUGGAUAGAGUUUCACGAGUUGCCGAUGUACCGGUAUCGAUCAAUUGGCCGAUCGUUUUUUCUCUCUAUCCUUCAUACUCGGACAUACCUACUGAUUUUCUCGGCUCAGUGUUGCGGACAGCAAAAUUGAUCAUCGAAGGAGCUUCUCCAACGGAAUACGACGCGAGUCUCGUGAGUUUCGCGAGGAUGAUUCGUGGGUGAAAUAGACAAGAGACGUUGUUGUUUGCCAGUAUGCUGUGGAUAUUGAUUGUGGUGACGUGCUUCGAGGUAUCGACUCUGGCUGAUGCGCAAUCGGAGAGGACAACGUCCUUGGACGAAGAUGCAAACAAUAACGAACCUGACCAUCCGGUACCCAUGGUGUCGAUACAAGGGGUGGCCGGUCAAAGAGCGAUUUUACCUUGUAACACACAACCACGGGAACCGAACGAUGCCGUCACUAUGGUCCUAUGGUUCAGGAAGGAUAACGGCGAUCCUUUAUACAGUUACGAUGCAAGAAUUCGACAAUAUGGAAAAGCAAAGUUUUGGAGCGCAACAAAUGUUUGGGGUCAUCGGGCGACUUUUCGUGCGAGUCCACCACCAGCGCAGCUAACGAUUCAAGAUAUUCGUGAGAGUGACGAGGGUGUAUACAGAUGCAGAGUCGACUUUCGAAACUCUCCUACGAGAAAUUUCAAAGUCAACUUCACCGUUAUUGUACCGCCGUCGAAGCCGAUAAUCUAUGACACGAAGAGACGAGACAUGAGCAAACUUCUCGAAGCCUAUCCUGAAGGAGCCGACCUCAUCCUCAUCUGCGAGGUUCACGGAGGCAAACCGAGACCGCGAGUCGUGUGGUCUCUCGGGUCGCAGAAAAUCGAUGCACCAACGGAGGUUCGAGAAACGCAAGGGCCUGAAGGGGAAAGCAACGUCAUAACGAUAAGCAAUGUGACAGUGAAAGGGCUCACAAGAAGUCAUCAUCAUGCCAAAUUGUCCUGCGAGGCGAGUAACACUCACUUGGCACCACCGCCCAAAACUACUGUCACCAUAGAACUAAACAUGAAACCUUUGAAAGUGGAAAUCUCGGAAAAGAACAAAACUCUUUCGGCGGGGAAUAAAUACGAGGUCGAGUGUCGUAGCACGGGAUCGAAGCCAACGGCGAUUUUGACUUGGUGGAAGACUUCGAAGCAGCUUAAAAAGAUCGUGAAAAAUUUUCAGGAAGGAAGUACGAGCGUAAGCGUUCUCCAUUUGAUACCAACCAUCGAGGAUGACGGCAAGUUUCUCGCAUGUCGUGCAGAGAAUCCAAAAUUACCGGAAGCAGCCAUAGAGGAUCGAUGGAAACUGAAAGUGCACUAUGCGCCUAUUGUCACACUCAAAAUGGGUUCAUCCCUGGAUCCGAAACGCAUUAAAGAGGGUGACGACGUUUACUUCGAGUGCACUGUCAGAUCCAAUCCUAGAGCCUAUAAGCUAACUUGGUUUCAUGAGGAGGAAGAGCUCCAUUACGACGUUACCGCCGGCAUAGUGCUUUCAGACCAUUCUCUGGUACUUCAGAGUAUAACACGAGAAUCCGCUGGGAAAUACACCUGCAUGGCUACCAAUGUCGAAGGUCAUGAGAGCUCUAACAUCGUCAAUCUAGAGGUUAUGUUUUCACCGAUUUGUAAACACGUGUUAAACUUUGGAGGCUGGAGAUAUCAAAACGCGACACCACCACCCUUUAAUGUUCCGGAAGACGUCCAUGGUGCCUUGAAGCACGAAACCAUAAGCUUGGUCUGCGAAGUUGAAGCAAAUCCAACGACAGUGACCUUUCACUGGACGUUCAACAGCAGCGGGGAUCUGAACGACAUUCCGUCCACGAAAUAUACUAGCGAGGGUACGAUAAGCAGACUGAAUUACACUCCGUCAACGGAUAUGGACUAUGGGACGCUUGGUUGCUGGGCAAGCAACGUCGUUGGCCAAUCCAAGCAACCUUGCCUGUAUCAGGUUAUAGCAGCAGGCAGACCUUACCCGUUGCAAAAUUGUACCGCCUACAAUCAAAGCGGCUCAUCAAUAAGGAUAUCCUGCGUGGAGGGUUACGACGGCGGACUACCCCAAAAGUUUAUUGCCUUUGUUGGCAAGCAUAGAUACGAAUCGCUAAGUCCUUAUUGGGAAUUGGAACUACACAAACCAACAACGGUUAUACUUUAUGCGGUGAACGUGAAAGGUUCAAGCGACCCAGUCAUCAUGGAAGAAGUCGCACUGAAAGGCGUAGCAAAAUUUACCGGUAGUGAAUCAGCUUCAUCGGUCGACAUGUCACCGAUUUUGAUCGGACUAGGCGGUACAGCAACUGGUUUGGGACUGAUUGUAACUGGAGUUCUAAUGGCCCUUUGGAGAAGACACGCGGCAACACCCACUAAACCAAAACCACUUCAACAAUCCAGUAUUGCGACAUUUGCAAGCAAAGCUGAGGAAGAGGAUGGAAAUCCUGAUCUAAUACCUACCACUGCCUUGACGCAUCAUUUAACAGAUAGAAAAAUCCCGAUUUGUGGUUCUUUGCCACGACGACCUAGACAAUUAGAGGGUCGAGAAAUGUCACACGAUGUCUUGGAAGACUCAACUUAUCCUCGAACGUCACCUAAUACGUUUUAUAGUCUUCAGAGGCCACAUCGUUAUUCCGAAAGUAUGAGAAAUACGACGAUACAGGAAAGCUGCAUUUAAGAAGAAAAUUUCA